CCAUUGUUCUCGCUGGCGCUGGCAACGGGCCGGCACCUUUAUUUUCGGGACACAACAAAAGGGAUGGACUCAGCCCAGUGUCGUCCUAUCGGAGCCCUGUGCUCUUCUUCUCUGUCCAACCUUCUUCACCGACCCUCACGUUCACUUUUCCUUCACCGCUCGGGAUGUUAGCAAGCAUCCUCGCUGCUUCUCUUGCCUUCGGCGCGUCUGUUGUCGCGCAAUCUUCUACUGUUCUUUGCGUUGCGGGUCAAUGCCUUCAAGGUUACUCGAAUACGACUCUUGGCGCAACGCUCUCCGCCUCUGGAAUUUCCACAGACGUACUUUUGCUUCCUGGACAAUACACAUCGUCGACGAACCCUCAGCUACUUAAUGAACUGUUGACAUCCUCUUCGGCAACCCUCUCUCCUUCACCCGGAUUCGCAAAUUCGACGGCCAAUACUUCGGUGACGUUGCCCCUCACUGUCCAAUUGCAGCCUGGUAUCGCAACAUACCCGAAAGCGCUCUACUCCGGUGAAGGCUCGUACAUAAGCCUUUCCCAAAAUACCUCAACUUCCUUGAGUAACACCGAAUCUCUUGCCCUCUCUGGUAACGUGUGGGCAGAGGUCACUGCAGGAAACAGUCACGUUAUUCUCUGGAACUCAAUCCCAGAUGUUAGCCAACUUCCAGCUGGAGUGUCUGGCUCUUUGUCACUAGUCAAAGUUGAGUCUUCAACAUGUUCUCCACCGUGUUCUGGGAGUGGCGUUUGUACUGCAUCCGGGACGUGCUCGUGCCCUUCGGGUUUCUCCGGGUCGUCGUGUGAGCAGUGUGCAUCUGGGCACUAUGGACCAUCGUGCCUGCCUUGCCCGUCUGGCUGUACUUCAUGUGAUGACGGAAUUUCCGGAUCCGGUCGUUGCCUUUCUACGACGGUUACGAAUCCUCCAUCGAGUUGCAACUGUAUCAAUGGCCAGUGUGGCUCUAAUGGGCAAUGCAGUUGUCUUCCAGGUUGGACGUCAGCAUCCAACGGUACCCAGUGUGCUGCUUGUGCAACUGGAUACUUCCUCGAUUCAUCGGGUAACUGUGAAAUUUGCCAACUCGGUUGUUCCCAGUGUGCUGAUGGCUCGGGCGAUUGUAUCACGUGUAAAUCUGGCUACACACAGGAUGCAAACGAUCGUACGAAGUGUGAUGCUGCUUCCCAGACGACCUCUGGCGGCACAACUUGUCCUGAUGGCAGCUACAGCAACGGCACAAGUUGCGAGCCGUGCGCUACAGAGUGUCAAACAUGUACCGGGUCAACCUCGAAUAAUUGUGUAAUUUGCGCUUCAGGGACUUACUCACUCAAUGGGUCGUGUGUGCAGACCAACAGCGUUGGUGUCUGCCAGGGUUCUUCCCUCAUUGCCAACAACAAUAAGCACGAGUGUGAUACUUGUGGACCCAAGUGUACAUCCUGUCAGAUACCAAACUUUAAUGUCGCCUCCACUACCAACCAAGCCCAAUGCACUGGUUGCUUGCCUGGUUAUGUACUUUAUCAAGGCAACUGCAUCGAGAGCUGUCCUUCGGGCACAUUUUUAUCUCCCACAGACAACCUUACCUGCACAGCCUGUAGCUCGUCAUGCAGCACUUGUUCUGGAAGUGCCAGUUAUUGUUUGACAUGUGCGAACAGCAUGCUUGCAUCGAAUGGGCAGUGUGUUAGCUCGUGCCCAUCCAACGCUUUCAGCUCCUCGGGCGCUUGCGUUGCAUGCCAUCCCGACUGCGCAACUUGUUCCGGCUCGGCUUUCAACCAAUGCACAAGCUGCAACCAGACACUUCCCGUACUUACCAACGGCCGUUGCUUGGCGACCUGCAGUCAAAACCAGUAUUUCGACGCCACUUCGUCCACAUGCCAGUCUUGUGACAGCAGUUGCUCGAGUUGCUCGGGGUCAGGUCCAAGUAAUUGUCUAGCUUGCUCGAGCUCGAGUCAGGUGCUCCGCGGGGGUUCCUGUGUCGCGGCUAAUUGCAGUAGCGGAACCAAUAUCGUACCUGGUCUCGGCGCAUGUUUAUCCGAACUUGUGCUGGUCCCGUCGUCGACCGGUGGUUCGGCUGCCUUGCCAUCGAUCAGUGGCCUGUCAUCUCCUGUUUCCACGACAACUCGUCAGUCACUGUCGUGGUGGGAAAUUUUGUUAAUGACGCUUGGCUGCGCCUUUAUAUUUAUGGCAUUCCUUUGGUGCUGGCGCCGACGUGCUCGGAAGAAAAGAGCCAAAGCAACAGCCGCGUUUGCUUCCGCCAAGGCUCUCGAUCAAAAAACAAACUGGCGACAGCGUCUUCUGGGAUUAUUUCGUCACUCGCCAAACCCACCUCCUCCGGAUAAUGAAGAGAUCGCUCUUUGGAAGCUCCGGGCCGCGGAAGAAGCGCACCACGAUCGGGAACUGGAGAAAUUGAUCGGGGCAUACGAGUAUUCUAGGGCGGGGUCAAGCCGUUGCCCUUCUCCCCUUCCGUCGCUCCACGAUCGCAAGUCCCACGGGGCUUGUGACUACGAUUCUCACCGUUUGUCUCGGGAGUCGCUUUAUUCCCAGGUUACAGGGAUGCCGCGUAACGGGCCUGAACCCCGACAGCCUGUGAAGUCGAAUCCGUUGACAUCGCGAUUCUCCACCACAACUAUCGCCUCGUCCGUGUGCAAGAAGCCGAACGUUCUCAGGCGCGAACUUACGCCGCGGAAGCCACCGCCUACAGAUGCAGAGGCAUAUGCAACAUCUGUCCGGGAGGCUACUGACGAGAUCGGAUCAUACUGGGUGACGCCAGUUAAUACGGGCGGAUCACGCAAUCCAUUUCGUCAAUGAGUUGUCUUCCUUUCUUCUGGUUCAUACUCGCCCUCUUAAUCUAGCGGAAUUACAUAGAAUGGUUAGCAAAUUUUUCAUCACUCUUUUGCAUUCUUCUUUCAUUUCCACUCACCGCUGGACCUUGUACUAUUGUAUAUUUCAUUCGUUUUAAUACUUCGCACAUACAGUAACAUGUAAACGACUCAGACCUUGUGUAGCAAUGCAAUCCAAUUAGCAUACCCAUG